AUGGAUCUAUUCGAAAAUGUUGGCAUGCUUAUCAUUGCGAUUGCUUGCGUUAUCUUUGUCUACUAUAAGAACCGUUUAAUGAUAAAAUCCGAUGAAACGCUAAAUUGCCUAAUUGAAGAUGAAAAGAUGAACUAUAGCAUGGACUCCCAAUCAUAUCUGAGUAGAUUAACAAACAAUGAUAACUACUUUCAAUCAAUACAAGCUUCCUUAUUGAAUAGGAUUAAUCCUAAAACAUCUUUUGAGCCAGUAGUGGCGAAUACACCGACUGAAUGGACCAAUUCUUCAGAGUGCUUAAUAUCAAAUGGUAGUACCCAAGAUUCUAUCGAUAGCGAAGAUCUGAACAAAAAUCCAGACAAGGUGUCCCAUAGUGUUUCUUUUCAGGGGUUUAGCCGUAAUUCAAAUACGAGAUCGAGAUCAUCAUCGAUGACGGAGGAUAUCCGCCAAAAGAUGGGUAAAAAUUCCGUUCUUCCUUCCAACAAGAAUAAUAAAAUUGGACAAGUGCAGUUUACAGUAUUUUUUAAUGCAUUUUCUACCAUAUUAAAGAUGCAUUUUAUCAAAGUUAUCAACAUUUCUGACAAAUUGAAUUUGGAUACUAUUUCAAUACAUGGAUUAGUACAAGAUGAAGUUAAGAAAAGGAGAUUUAAGACUAAAACUUGUUCCUUAAUUAAUGGAGUUAUUAACGAAACAGCUACGUUCCAAGGAAUAACUAAGGCAAUGCUACCAAAUAUGAUCAUGCGAUUGCGUCUAUAUGGGGAUAACAAGAAGAAUAUUAUUCAUGUUCAGAAACUGUGUGGCGAAUUUGUGAUUCAGUUUAAUAAGCUAUCUCCAAUAGAUGGCACCAAAGUGAUAUGUAAAUCAUUUUAUAUUACACAUUAUUAA